AUGCUCUUCCAUCACUAUUACCCAGUCACAUCCGACAAUGGCAUCGACUCCGUUAUUCAACCCAUCUGGAUAAUCAUCCUCAGUAUUAUUGGCGGAAUCGUAGGUUUGGCCAUUCUUGUGGCCAUCUUUGGAUCCAUUUUUCACUCCUACAAAUUUAACAAGCUGAGCGACAAAGAGAAGACGGAGUACCUCGACCGCGAACACGAGUUCGAGGACUCGUUGAAGAGGGUGAAGGACGAGGUGAAGGAGGCUCAGGAGCAUUUGAAGAAGGUUACAGAGGCGAGUCAGGCUGCUGAAAAGGUGGCGAUGAGGGAGUGGACGGAUUGGAGGAUAUAA